CUCGCUGACGCUUCGCCGCACUUUCCACUGACACAACGUUAAGACAGAAUGGCACGCAUAAUCCACUGUGUCAGACAUGCACAAGGAGUCCACAAUCUUUCAUACGCCAACCAUGAUAUUCCAGACCCCUCGCUCACGCCGCUCGGCGAGUGUCAAUGUCACGACCUCGCGAAAAUGUUUCUGUACCACGAUAAUGUUGAACUUGUGGUAGCUUCGCCCCUUCGCCGUACCCUCCACACUGGCUUGUUAGCGUUCGCGCCAGAGGUCGCGCGAGGUGUUCAAGUACUAGCCUUACCGUUGUUGCAAGAAGCAAGUAGUCUUCCAUGCGACACUGGCAGCGAUGUUGCGACGAUCGAAAAGGAGUUCAAAGAUACCGUAGUAGACUUCAGCGAGGUUCUAGAAGGCUGGCAGGUGAAGGAAAACUCAUCACUUACAACUGCUGCACUACUUGAUAGGGCCGAGAAAGCCCGGCAAUGGCUUCUUGCGAGACAGGAAAACAACAUCGUUGUGGUCUCGCAUGGCUGCUUUCUUCACUUCCUCACUGACGAUUGGUAUGACUCGGUGAACACGCAAGCCACUGGAUGGGGGAAUACAGAGUUCCGUUCUUACGAACUCUCGGGUGGCCCAGAAAGCACUUCAUUAAGAGAAACUGCCGAAUCGAGGUCGAGAAGGGGAUUGAAGGAAUUUGAGCAGAAUUUUGAGCAGCAAAAUCUGGCUGAGAAGAAGAUCACCCUCGAGACGUGGCGAAAGUGGGGCAUUGUUACGGGUUGAACUUUGUCAAGGGUGAGUUGCACCUAUCUUUUACACUUGCCAGCGUUGCACUUUGUACACAAUGAAUUCAUGAUUUCAUCUGUGCGUGCAAAUCCAACCAGAGAAGAAUACAUUUCACGAGGAAGCCUCAUCAUUCGAGAUGAGCAAAAGGUCGACUGCAGCUCUUCCUGCGCCAGACGGGUCACGGUUUGUGAGCAACAG